AUGUCGGAGAGGAGGGCUUCAGUUAGGAGAUCAAGGCGAGUGCCAGCAGAGAAUACUGUCGGCGAUGAUGAAUACGAUUUGGCAGCGCAUGCCGUCUCCGACGGGUUCCGGCCGGUAGCCAACGACUCACCAGAGAGCCCGAGAACGAACCCGCCUCCAUCACCUCUGCCAACUCGAUUUCAUUUAUCCAAUGUUCCCCGAUCACCUCCGCCGCCUGCUUUCAGUCCAGUCAAGGGCCUUGCCGAUUUGAACCGACCGUCAAGCACGUCCAAACCUCCACGCUUCCACGAUACCCUGACUCUUCGAAAUGAUGGGCUGGAGUCCGCUCAUGUAGUACAAUCAUCCUCGCCAAGCAGCUCCUUCCAGGGUGGUGGUCCAUAUCAGGGUUCCACGCAGCCGUCUCAUCCGUAUCAACUGUAUACGCAGAGGACGUACAGCAAUGCCACCUCAUCUACCAGCCCUUCUUCGGAGACACUUGAUGAGACCCGGGUCCCUGCCCAUCCAUACGACUUAUAUACCCAAAACAUUACUACUCCCGACGAAUCUACGCAGCAGCGCAUCCCCAUAGGUUUCAAUGGCAUGGGGAACAGCUACCGCAGGCAGAUUGGGCCCGAUGGCGAGGAUGCAGGCGAUUUAAUUGGGCCGCUCGGCCAUAUGGAAGAGCUCCCACCGUAUUCACGCUAUCCCGAAGAGCCUUUUCAACAUAAAUUAACAGCUAAUCAUACAGAUGGGGCUGGUGCCAGAACAAUUGGACUGACUGGUUCACGCCGAAUUCAGCCUAUACCAGGUGCUGGUGGAAUUGGUCUUGCUACUCGGAAUCCUGAGUUCUCCUCUACAGAAGAUUUAGCUGGCUCCCCUCGGAGGACCACAUCUUCGAUUCGCAGCAGAGCCUCCUUGGAAAGCCGUCACGAAAUUAAUGGUGCAGCCCGCAAUUUUGUGGAAAAGCCAAGCCCGAGCAAGUGGCAACGGAGGGCGAAAAAGAAAUUUUGCGGAGUUGUGCCGUACUGGGCAAUCUGUCUCUUGCUUUCCGGAAUUGUUGUCAUGGGAGUCGUAAUGGGCACGGUAAUCGGCACGAUUGUGACCAGACAGAAUGGCUCGAAUCCCAAGGGUAAAGGGAAAUUCGAUAAAAAUGAGCGAAGCCCGAGUGGCGUCGUAUUUCUGCCGUAUCUGCCGCGGGGAUUGCCUCCAUUGGCAACGGGUUGCUAUUCCCUUCCGCCAAUGGACAAGUCUCAGGCGCCAAAGUCCUGUAUCAAGGACUCAGAGCAGACUAGCGCCUGGAAUUGUGAUAUGCCUUUCCGCUGGUACUCGAUGAACGUUAGCGAAUACGACGGCGGCACGGAGAUUUCACACUAUGCCAUGAAUCUGCGGCCCUUUGACCCCGAAGCCUCCAAGUUUAUGUACGGAACUCAGCCUCCAAACAUACCUGACUUCCAGCCUAUGCGACUGGUAAACGACACAAAAGAAAUCAAUCGAGGUCCGGCUUGGUUUCUCGAGAUCAAAUACAACAAAACGGUUACAGUUCCGGAAGGUCAGCUCACACCUCCUGGCUCGUCGAGCCCUCAGCGACGUUGGGACCACCCAGAAAGCUCAUAUCUUGACGUUGUCAACUCGCGUUUCUCGAGGAAGGGGAUGGCCGUUGUGGAAGGUGACAAGCCCUGGACAUGCACAUGGCCCAACGUUUCGCUUCAAAUCUACGUCUACCCCAAUCAGACAUCCACACCACUCAAAACCACCACAACAUCCGAUCCGAACCAGUCGGUGGUAAGUACGCUCUCUCCUACACCGACAUCACCAUCGGGUGGGCAACCGACAUUCCAGGACCCGUAUCCCAAACUAGUCAAAGUCGUGGAGAGACGCGCACAUUACAGCGAUGACUACGCCCCUGCAACGUGUACGCAAUAUCGUAUCACCAAUGAUGGCCAGGACAGAGAACCUGUUCUCCAGAAUGGAAAACCCGUGACCUUUGUGAUCCAAGAAGUGGGCAAGCUUGCCAAGGCGGGUAUCACGCGGCGUUUCGGUGACUCGAGUCAUCCGACGGAUUUUUUCGCUCUGGAGGGUAGGGAUGUGGAACUUGCUCCCUGCGGCUGCGUCUCGUUCUCAUGGUCUGUAUAG